AUGGCUCGCCUGCGAUCGCGUUCAAGGACAUUGUACGCCUGCACGUAUUCGAUUCUGCUCCUGCUAGUGACACUUAUUGGAACCGAUGGGUUCAACGAAACCGAGAGUCCUGUCAACCGUGCAUUGGUCCAACGAGCCAAGCGCUGGCUGCUGAGCUACCCCAUAAACGGCGGUACGACGAAGAUGGUGUUUGGGUUUCUAGCUCCGGUUCGGUUCCACCACACGCUGACUCGCCUCCUGAACCUGUCGCUAAACAUCCAGGCCAACUAUCGUAUCCUACCGACGAUUAUCUUCCCACGUCCGGAAACGAUCUUCAAGAAUCGGGCGAAUAGCGAGUACACGGAUACGAGUCGCAAGCAGUUCUACGAGCUGGUGGAGCGGCUGUUGAUGAGCUGGAACCGAAACGGUCGUUCCUGUUUGUUAAGGACGAUCUGCGAGGUAGCUGACACGUCUCUGCGACAUAAUGGGUUGAUUGGCGAAAUUCUGGACGUGAUGUUCACACCCCAUGACACUGAUCAGCUCUCCAGCGAGUACAUCAUGGCACGGAAGUACGGUGCGAACGGGGUUGAUUGCAUGCGGAUGUACGCCGAGUGUCCUGUCGGUCAUGGACUGCUCGAUACCAUCAGUGCUAUGGAAGUGUGA